AUGCAGUACGCUCUUGGAGGUUCACCACCACCCACCCCACCCAAGAGCGCGUCACCCCCCAAACAGCCCGCGCCGAGUACUCCACCACGCCCGUCGAAACUUGCACCUCCGGCCUUUGAUCGUCCUCGCCCUUCCUCCGACUCUGCACUUUCCCCACCUAAUGUGAAGUCCCCAAAGACGCGCAAGGCCAAAUCGACAUCUCCGACCGAGACACCCGAGCCGGCCCCUUGCACACCACCGCGUCACAAGCGCGCUACCUCUUCCCCGCCUUCGCCUACUUUAUCCGCGGCUACUUCGUCGCCGGGUAAGGACAGCGUAAGGUGCUCUGGGUUCACCAAGGCUAGUCAGCCUUGCAAGCGUAUGGUCAAAGUCGGACCUGCGCUCGCAACGCUGGAUCCAGAUCUCGACGUUGAACGCUUCUGCCACCAACAUCGGGACGAGAUCGGGAAGCAAAAUGGCUUCACUGCCUUCAAGAACGGUCAAUACGUGGAAUUUGAUACCUGGAUACCCAAAUACCUGCAUCCAGAUACCCAAGCUGUCUUGCGCGCGGUGAUGGCGAAACCCAAGUCGGGCAGUGACAAGGACGGCUACAUCUAUACCUACGAGAUACGAGACAAGCAUACCCCCGACGUGGUGCACCUGAAGGUCGGACGCGCUACCACCCUCAAUCAGCGCCUCGACCAGUGGCAGAAACAGUGCAGCUCGAAGGAACAGGUCGUUCGCGGCUGGUGGCCUGCGUCUGCUGAUGGCGAUGAAGGGAGCCUGCUGAGAGGCCUCAUCAAGGCGGGCCCAGCGGGCCCAUUAUGCCACCGCCUCGAAAGACUCAUUCAUCUCGAGCUGGCAGACCUGGUCGUCCAUACGCCGUAUCUCGACCCGCACUGGCCGAACGUGAAUCAUGACGAUCUCGCGGUCUCGUCCAAAAAGAACGCUAAGACGGCUUUGUAUAAGAAGAAUCAUCAACCUUGCCUGGACUGUGGAGCGGUUCACAAGGAGAUCUUCUCCUUCAAGCGCGUAGAGGAGGGCUACUAUGAAAACAAAGAAUGGGAGCUCAUAGUGAAGCCCGUGAUUGAGAAAUGGGGAUUUUUCGUGGAGACUUACGUCUAG